GGCUGUCUCAUUCAAGAAUGUCACACAUAUCAAUGUCUCUGUCCUCCUGAUAUAUUUGCGUCCUUUUCCAAGUCCUGAGGAUAGACAAAGAGAUAAGCAGGGAUCACACACUGAAAACUCCUCUUGUACCAUGUUGUAUCAUGUCAUACAAAUGUCUUUGCAGAAAUGUCCUAGAAAAUGAUGACAACUGAUGAAGCUUCUGCAGCUGCCAACAGGAGAAAGUGUGCUCUGUGUUAGUGAUCAUGCUGAGAGACCGGGUUUGACACCAUGUUGUCUGAACUUUUGAACUGGCAAGGGUUCACAAGGACAAGGAAAGAAGCAAGAAAAAGAGGAAAAUCCACAACUGUGCUACAACCGUCCAUCUAACGGAGGCAUCUUGCAGCAGGCCAGGAUUUUAGCCACAACGAAAAAAAGGAACACUUGCAUUAUAUAAUAAGAGUCUUAAGCAUUUUGUUUACUUUUCAUUUUAUUUUUUGUUAUUUGUGUAGCCCAUAUGGAAACCUGGAAACUCCUUGCUACAUUCAUGCUCUUGAUUGCUCUCGUAUAUAGCGCUCAGGGAAUCUCUCUUACUCUAGAUAGGGACAACUGGAUAUCUAAAGACUGGCAGGAGGAGCCGGUGCUGGAGCAGUUAGCGGAGCAGGAGGAGAGCCUGAUGAAGAGGUCCAAAGCACGGCAGUUCUACGGUCUGAUGGGGAAGCGUUCGGCGACAUCGAGACAACGGCCUGCACCGGUGCAGAGACGAGGACAUAAAGGAGCAGUGUUCAUUGGGCUAAUGGGCAGGAGGGAUGCGGUCAGUGAAGGCCAGCGCGCAGGAGCUUUGAGGAGGAUCACUCCGGAAGAGGACACCAGCUCAGCUGCAGACAUGAUGGAAGAAUCAAACCAGCACUUAGAUCUAGAAGAGGAUUGGAACAAACACCUGUAUUACUGAUAACCCUGAUAGCUGUUGGAACACAAGAUGGAGGUUAAUAGUGGUUACAUCCUGACUCAUAGAC